CUUUCCUUCGUAUUCUUUCGGUCUCUUUGAAGGGCUCCGCUUCUGCUUCUUUGCUUCUAGUUACAAAUAAUUUCUCCCAUUUCCUAUACACAGCUUUUUCAAUUACCUCAUUUCAAAAGUAAGGGAGAGAUUCCGUUCCCUCUGUCCUCCCCUCCCCGCCUUCUCCGAAUCCGAGCCUCCGAGUUUCCGCCCCGGAGAUACAGUCAUCCCACUCAAGAUUGUUACAGAAUCGCAAUUGCACAGCAUACCCUACGCAAUUGUUAUAAGCCAUUGAGUUUCGCACUCAGACUGGGUUCAAUUCUCGGACAUAAUUAUCAAUUCCAAUUCAACCAGUCUUCCCAUUUCACCAGAGGAAUCAGUUACCCUCAAGGUAGCAUUUAGCCAUUCCCUCAGCCCCGCCUCCAAUUCCGCAAAGCAACGAGGGGCACAUUUCUCCAAGACAACCACCUUCCUCAUACAAGACAACCAACCCGAAAAUACCAGCCAACAUGCAUUCCCCUUUGGAUCCAACCCUUCAAUUCGACUCUAUUGAGGACACAAUAGCGGCCUUUAAGAACGGCGAAUUCAUCAUCGUGCUCGAUUCGCAAGACCGCGAAAAUGAAGGCGAUCUCAUCAUUGCCGCUGACUCCAUCACUCCGGCGCAGAUGGCUUUCCUUGUUCGCCACACAAGUGGCCUGAUAUGCGCCCCCGUUACCCCCGAAAUAGCCACCCGCCUCGCCCUCCCUCAAAUGGUCACCGAGAACGCUGAUCCUAAGGGAACCGCGUACACCGUCUCCGUCGACGCAGCUGACCCCUCUAUAACAACUGGUAUCUCGGCACAAGACCGCGCUCUUGCCUGUCGGAUCCUGGGAUCGCCGACAUCCACGGCAGCGGAUCUGCGCCGACCCGGCCAUGUAAUUCCGCUACAGGCGAGACCCGGAGGUGUCAGGGAACGCACGGGACAUACAGAGGCGGCAGUGGAGUUCUGUCGGUUGGCGGGCAAGACGCAGGCGGGUGUCAUCGCGGAGCUUGUGGAGGAUGGAGAGGUCGUACCGGGAGUUCCAGAAAUUGGGGGUAACAAUGGGAUGAUGAGACGGGAUGGGUGCUUGAGGUUUGGAAAGAAGUGGGGGAUCAAGGUAUGUACGAUUGAGGAUUUGGUGGAGUAUGUUGAGAGGGUGGAGGGUGCUGGCGCUGUGAAUGGGAACUGAGUGAGUGUUGACUUGUUCCUUUUUACCUGGUCUUCUUUUCUUCAUCGCCUCUCUUGCAUGUCUUUCUCUUCGAUUCUGUGCUGUGCUUCUUGGGGCAUUUUAAAUCUGCGUGCUUUCUGCUGUUUUGAUACAUACCUUUUGUUCUCGCUAUUUUUUAUGAUUUACCUCAUGGGAUCGGACGGGACUCAUUGCAUUAACGGGGAAGAUAACUCGAAAACUGGAUGGAUGUAUAUAGAUUACCAGCUGGAGGGUGGACGGCUUGAGGGAUGUUGGCUUCGUCAACAGAGUUAGCUUUUGAAUUAGAUGUGAAACAGAUGUAUACAUAUGUUGAAAAUUAGAGAUGAU